GGUCGCCAUGCGCCUUGGGGUAGAGGAGACGCUGGGAGCCCUCAACGCGGCCCUGGGGCCGGGUGGCCCAGUAUGGUUCAAGGAGACACGCGCCCGCCACUUGCGUGUCCGAGACUUCUUGGCACCGCGGCGCGCGCUGCAAGCGCGCUUCGGGGACGACCAGGUGCCCGAGCGCGUGGUUCACACCAUCGUCGGCCUGCAGGGUCCUGGCGUGGCCCCGGUACUGAGCUGCGCGCCAACCCCCGCGGGGCUGGCGCUCCAGCUGCGGCGGUCCGCCGUCUUCGAGCGCGUCCGCGGCGCCGUGGCCGCCUAUGUCGCGCCCACCGUCCCCGCCGCCCCGGGCCCGCGCGUCGUCCUGCACUGCCCGGCGCUGCGCGGCAGCCCCUGCGCCCUCCGCCUGAGCCAGCUGCGUGCCGUGCUCGUGGCCGACCACCUGGCGCGAGCUUUGCACGCUCACAGGGUGAGUGUGCGCCUAGUGCCCGCUGUGCGGGAUCCGCACAUGCCGACCUUCCUACAGCAGCUGCGGGUGGACUGGCCCGCGGCCUCAGAGAGAGCAGCGACCGAAGCCCUGAGGAGCCGCGCGCUUGCAGAGCUCACCCCUGCCCGUAACGCGGAAGCCCUGCCCCCUGGCGCCCUGGGCCGAGUGUGCUUGAAGGAGCUGGUGGACGAACGGGAACGCACAACUGGCUAUGACCCCAACCUGGACAGCUGUCUGGUGACGGAGGAUCUGCUCGCUGUGCUGGCAGAGCUGCAGCAGGCUGUGCAGGAUUGGGCUGAGGACAGCUCCCUAGGCCUGGCUGCGGCCCCAGAUGCUGGUGCAGAUAGCUGCAUGGUUGUACACGUGGUGAGCUGUGAGGAGGAGUUCCAGCAACAGAAGUUGGACCUGCUUUGGUGGAAGUUGGAUGACCAGGCUCCUCUCAGACAGAAGCACCUGGUCUGUGGCCCAGUGAAAGUAGCUGGUGCACCUGGCACCCUGACUGCCCCCGAGUACUACGAGCUCCGGCAUGCCCAGGUGUGCAAGGCCUCAGCACUGAAGCACAGUAGGGACCUGGCACAAGACUCAGCCUGGAUGGAAAUCUUCAGGGUUCUUUCUGUGGCAACCAUUAAGUUUGAGAUGCUCAGCACAGCCCCACAAAGUCAGCUUCUCUUGGCCCUGGCCGACAGCAGCGUUUCCACAAAGGGCACCAAAAGUGGCACCUUUGUCAUGUAUAAUUGUGCACGUCUUGCCACACUCUUUGAGAGUUACAAGUGCAGCAUGGAACAAGGUCUGUACCCCACUUUCCCACCUGUGAGCAGUCUGGAUUUCUCUCUGCUACAUGAUGAGGGUGAGUGGUUGCUGCUCUUCAACAGCAUCCUCCCCUUCCCAGACCUGCUGAGCCAGACAGCAGCCCUACCCUGCACAGCCCCAGGGCUCCACAUCACUGCACGCACAGAGAUGGUGUGCAAGUUCCUGGUACAGCUCAGCAUGGAUUUCAGCUCAUACUAUAACCGGGUACACAUCCUAGGGGAGCCUCGACCACACUUGUUUGGUCAAAUGUUUGCCCGUCUGCAGCUUCUGCGGGCUGUGCGUGAAGUGCUCCACACCGGGCUGGCCAUGCUGGGUCUCCCUCCACUGAGUCACAUCUAAGGCCACAGAGGCCCCAAUAUCUGGGAAUGUCCACAAAGUCAUCAACUGAAAGGGAAAAAAACCCAUAGAUUUUGUUAGAGACCCGGAGCCAAAAUAAAUUGCUUCUGUGACAA